UCAAUUCAGUCGGAUGCUGUCGUUCGAGCAGCGCAUUCGUAUCUUUAGGGAGGUUUCUUCUCGUGCGCGUUCACCCUUCUUCCUUACUCAUUCUUUCCAUGUCUCUCUCCCCGCGACGCGGACAUCUCACGCGAAUCGUAACCAUUUUCGCCCGGUCAAACAGUAUCGAAUCAUCAGUUCUUCUCUCUCGUUUCUCGCGCCGCGUUCUCGCUCCUCGCCGACUCUCUCGAAACACACACACACACACACACACCACGCAACAAACGUAUCUUUCUCUCCUUCUCUCUCCAGUCCUUCAUCCCUAUCCACCCGGCGGGGCGAGCCGAAAACUCGUUAUGCUUCGAGAUAUCCUCUCCCGCGUCGAACCGGUAAUUCCUCGUGAUUAGCGAGAGUGCCCGAUCUGCUCGCGACGUGCGUCGUCCACGAGCAAACGUCAAGGAAGAGAGAAGAAACGCCGUCCCGGCGAGAUGCGCGAGCCCGCGCCACCUCGCUCUUCGUGACUUGACCAGCGAAAUUCCGCGCGACGGAUUUUUCGCCAAGGAUUUCGGGUGGUGCGUCGCGGCCACCGGCUUGCUGUUCGACCAGAGGCGACGGUGGAGGAAGAGACGGAGGUGGAGGCGCCGGAGAGAACAUUUCGGGAGGAUGCGCGGUUGAGGGGAUCGCUGGCAUGUGGAUCGUCAAUCACCAGAAGAUCAUGAGAGAAAGCAAAUCCUGAUUGCCGUGGUCCGCGAAAGGAUGGACGCGGCGGGUCGAUAUCGGCGAGAAUCGCGAAUCCGACAUUAACAACCUAACGCGAGAGAAAGAACAAAGGAAAAUAAAGAGGCGAAUCGACAUCAUCACCGUCAUCCGGGAAAGUUUAUCGCGAGGAGGAUUCCUUCGAGUGCGACGAGGAACCAGCGCGCGAUUAUUCAUUCCCCUACCUUCCAACACUCCUCGCAUCGCUCCUCACCGCGCAAUUCGGACCUGUAGGAGAUGAGCAUCAUAGCCAUCGCCCGCAGGAACUGGGCGCUGCGCCUAUCGGUGGUGCUGAACGUGUGCGUGCUGUUGUACGUGUGCGCCCACAUCGGCUCGUCCGGCCCGUGGAUCGAGGAACCGCCGACCAAUUGGGCGGCGGCGCCGGAGACUUACGAUCUCGGGAACGGUACUCAGAAGGGCGUCGCCACGUCGUUAUCCUCGUCAUCGUCGUCAUCGUCGUCGGUUGCGAUCGCUGUCAAAGAUGCGACGCCGGCGAACAACAAUAACAACGGCGUUGGCGCCGGUCGUCCGCAAAGGAUCAGGCUUGUCACCACGACGCCGCCUCCCAACAACGGGGCCAAGGCCGAGGCUCUCGACAAGUCGCGGGAGCACCCGCGUAAUCAGACGGCGAGGAACAGCACGACCAACAACGUCGCGCGCGAACCGAUGAGCAUGAAGGAGGCCAUAGCCUGCAAUGAGAAGUCAACCGAGCCGAGGCGAGCGCAGCGCGGCGAUUACUGGGUGCUGUACAAUUACGUGCCGAUGAGUAUGGCGGUGAGAUGCUGGGAGAGCGUGACGUACACCACGCACGCCGACUACACGUUCCUGGAUAAUCUGGAGCCGCUGCUGGAGCGCUGGCGGGCGCCGAUAUCGAUCGCCAUGCACGCACCCGGCACCGACUUUCCGGCGACCCUCAACGCUAUCAGGUACUCGAGAAACUGCGGUAGCCCGCUGGUCUCGCAGCUGGUGACCUUCCACGUCUUCUUCAGCAGCAAGCACGUGCCAAAGAUGGUACCGCCGUCGGAGAAGAUCGUCUCCGACACGUAUAACUGUUCGCUCGGGCCACCAUGGGUGAAUGUCAGCCUCGCAAAGAUGUACAAGAACGAGAAGAAGCUGCUGUACCCAGUGAACGUUGGCCGCAACAUAGCGCGCGAGUCCGCGCCUACUUUCUACGUAUUUCCUAGCGAUAUCGAGCUGUAUCCCAGCCCGAAUUUGCCUACCAAGUUCCUCGAAAUGAUUCGCAAAAGGGAUCAGCCGGCCCUUCACAAGCCCAAUCCUAAGGUCUUCGUGCUGUCGAUUUUCGAGGUAGAUGAGAAGAGUCAGCCGCCCAACAACAAGACGCAUCUGAUACAGAUGCUGAAAGCGGGCACCGCCAUACCAUUCCAUAAGAAGUUAUGCUCCGGCUGCCAUAAUGUGCCGAAGAGCAAGGAGUGGCAGGAAGCACCAGAAACGGAGGAUUUGCAUGUCUUCCACGUAGGCAAGAGAACUGGCAGCUUUGUUCACUGGGAGCCGAUCUUCAUCGGGACCAAUAACGAUCCUCUUUACGACGAGAGACUCAGUUGGGAAGGAAAGAGUGAUAAAAUGACGCAAGGUUACGCACUUUGCGUUCUUGAUUAUGACUUUCUCAUCCUCGACAACGCUUUCUUGGUGCAUCGGCCCGGCAUCAAGAUCUUUAAAAAGGAUACGCAUCGUGACAUGCUCACCGCCAAGACGAACGCGCUUAUCAAAAAGAUCAUCAUGCCGGAGCUGAAGGUACUGUACGGCACGAGAAAAGGCUGUGCCGUGUAGCCCGUGGAGUUGCCGGCACGACGGCAUGUGCUAUACAGAUGUUCCAUACGACGGAACUACGUACGAUCUCUGUCGUCUAUGUCGUCGUCAAACUUCGUCACACGGCGGAUUCGCAACGAUCCGAUACUGCGAUUUGUUCACGAACCCCGGGAGCGUGUUCACGUACGUUCUAUGCGGCCCUUUCGCAUGCAGAGCUCGCUGAAGAACGUUCGCUGCAUAGGAUAGAGAGUCCUCCUCUUUCUCCUCAAAUUAUGCCAACUCAAUGGUGCCGAACGAAUUAUUACAUAAGUAUUCGGUGAGUUUAUAAAGCAACAACGGAGCAUGAUAUGUCAUGCUCCCGCGACAAACGUGUCUCAUCAUCAUUGUUAUCAUCUUUGUUGUCAGCAAACAUCGCGACUCUUUCAAAUUCUCUCGACAGUAAUCCUCCAGCAUCCUCCUCGUAAAAAGAAAUUUAGCAUGUAAAAGAAUCAUACCACGUAUUUUUCACCGGUCAAAUAUAUUCUCCUCCUAGCAAAUACGGUUGUAUAUAAUAAAAUGGUGCCUCGUAUACAUCAGUACGUUUACAAGAUUACUGCGCUUUCGGUGAAAGUUACGAACGACAGUGUCAAUUUCGAUGCAACUUCGUGACUUGUGACCGACUAUUAAAAUCAACGUUUCUUAUUCAAGAAUUCAGAUAUAUUAUAUUAAGAAAUGCUGCAAUAUAAUACACUGUUGCAAUUAUUAUAUAAAUAUUACAUAAAUUAUUU